UGGGAGGAGUGGUGCCGCGGGGAAGUCACUCCUGGAGAGACAACCCUCUCCCCCCGGCCUCCAGGCUUACCCUGAGGACCGGUAUCCUACCCUUGUUAAAGAGCCGGCCAUGGAAGCUGUGUUCCCAGCAGCCAGGUGGAAGGAGUUGCUGUCGUUUGAGGAUGUGGCAAUGUACUUCACCAGAGAGGAGUGGGACCACCUUGACUGGGCUCAAAGGGACCUCUACAGAGAUGUGAUGCUGGAGAAUUACAGGAACUUGAUCUUGUUGGGAUUUCAGUUUUCCAAACCUGAGGUGAUCUGUCAGCUGGAGAACUGGGACGAGCCAUGGAUCGUGGACCUACCGAGAGCUGAGAAUAGGAAGGCUUCCAGUAGUGCUUGCCCAGGUUCUGAAGCCAGAUACAAGAUGAAAAAGCUAACUCCAAAGCAGAAAAUUUCUGAAGAUUUGGAGUCACAUAAGGUAUCAGUGGUAAUGCAGAAAACAGCCACGAAACUUUCAGAAAAGUUACAUAAAUGUAAAGAAUUUGCGGACAGUUGCGAGUUUGUACUCCCUACUAUUGGUGAUGAACACUACAAUGUCUUCCUUCAAAACUUUAACCUCAUUCAAGAUCAGGAUGCUCAGACAAGGAAGAGGCAGGGUAAAUAUGAUGAAGAAGGGAAACCCUUCAAUCAAAGAUCAUUGCUUUUGAGGCACGAGCAAAUUCUUACAAGAGCAAAAUCAUAUGAAUGUAGUGAAUGCGGAAAAGUCAUCAGGCGUAAGGCAUGGUUUGAUCAACAUCAAAGAAUUCACUUUUUAGAGAAUCCUUUUGAGUGUAAAGUAUGUGGUCAAGCCUUCAAACAGCGGAUAGAUCUUACUGUCCAUAAACAGUGUCAUCUGCAAAACAAGCCAUAUAAAUGUCCCGACUGUGGAAAGUGUUUCCGUCAGCUCGCAUAUCUUGUUGAACAUAAGAGGGUUCAUACCAAAGAAAAACCCUACAAAUGUAGUGAAUGCGAAAAAACUUUUAGUCAGAAUUCAACCCUUAUUCGACAUCAGUUAAUCCAUAGUGGAGAAAAACCCCAUAAAUGCCUAGAAUGUGGAAAAGCCUUUGGUCGGCAUUCAACCCUUAUGCACCAUCAACAAAUUCACCGUAAACAGAAAACCCAUAAGUGCAGUGAAUGUGGACAGUCCUUUCGUCUGAAUGUAGACCUCAUUCAGCAUCAAAGAACUCAUACCACAGAGGAAUUCUUUGAAUGUAAAGAAUGUGGAAAAACUUUUAGUUUUAGGAGAAAUCUUUAUAGACAUCAGGUCAUUCACACUGGAAAAAGACCCUAUACAUGUGACACAUGUGGGAAAUCUUUCAAGUGGCACACAAGCUUUAUUAAGCAUCAGGGUACUCACAAAGGACAGCUAUCUUCAUGAUAUUAACUGGAAACACUACCAUUUAUUUUAUUUUUAUUUAUUUUUUGGUGACUGACCAGUUCGUAAAGCUACCAUUUAAAGCCCAGAACUUAACAUCGACUGUAAGUGUGUAUAACUUGAUUGUUUCACGAAAAGUAAUAAACAACUGACAUGGUUUUUC